AUGUCUUUCACCUUCGAAUGGCCUCGCUUCUCCGACCAGUUUCACACCGAUGCAAUUCAGAUGCUCAACAAUGCACUAAACAAGGGAAAUAAGCCGCCUGUCAUUGCGGACAAGAUUGAAGUCGUAGAGUUGGAGAUGGGUACCCAGCCUCCCGAGCUUGAGAUACGAGACAUCGGUGAUAUGACGAUGGACCAGUUUCGUGGAAUAUUCCGUCUCACAUAUUCUGGAGACGCCCACAUCGUCCUCAAGACUAAAGUUCAGGCCAAUCCAUUGAACCAUAAACAACCAGACAUCCACAUCAUGACUGGUUCAAGGGGCAUGUUAGCGGCCAGAGAGCCUCUAGUUGUUCCCAUGUUACUGCGUCUCUCACACUUCAAGCUUAGCUCUUACGUCGUUUUGGUCGUCUCCAAACAAAAAGGCAUCACGCUCGUCUUUAAGACAGACCCUCUACAAAACGUAGACAUCAACAGCACGUUUGACUCCAUUGCAGUCAUCCAAAAAUUCAUUCAAAAGGAGAUUGAAGGUCAGCUGCGCCAGAUGUUUCGGGAAGACCUCCCCGGAAUAAUUCACCGUCUCAGUCAGCAGUGGGUCAAAGCUAAAGUAGAGGCUCCUUAUCUCGAUAAACAACCCAACAUCCCAAGACGAGGCACAUUUGACUCUGUCUCAGUUCCUGACAUAUCACGCGUUCCUCCUAGCGUAUCUGCAGUGGGGCUUCAUCCACAUAUCCUUCGUCAGCAAUCUUUGGGGACUCUGAGCUAUGGGAGGGCUCGUUCCGUUUCGGGCUUCUCUGCUGCAAGUUCGAGCAAGAAAAGUACCCCUGCUUCAAUUUUGUCUACAACCGCUCCCGGAAAUAUUCCGGCCCCCGACCCAGCCGGCUCUUUCCCAGAGCUGGAUAAUUUUGACCCCACUUAUGGUCUACGUCCUGAGGGGCUGCCCGCUAAAAGCGUGUUCACAAGCUUUGGCCGCCUGUUUGCCCCUAACAAAGGUCUAGCGGACCUGGCGGAAGAAUCCAGUGACGUCGAAGAUCUCGAAGAGGGAACCUCAUUUGACGUGGUAGAUUGGGAAGAUACCGUUCCUGACUUUUCUCCUCCGCCUACUAUAUCGGAAGAACCAGAGUCUCCCACGGAAUACGAAACUAUUCCUGCUGUAGGGGGUGGAACAAUCACCCGCCCUCGCGUCUACCAUUCACAGUCUAUGAUUCAGCCACCACCCGGAAUGUCCCGUUUGCCUUCUGAAGCUUCAUCUUUCCGUUCUGUACUAUCACAUCGGACGCUGCAAUCACAUGUUCACCCUAACGACGAGCCACAUAAUCACGACCUCCUAUCCAGAACCCCAUCAAGGCCAUCAAUAUCUGGUCGACCAAGCUCGAACUAUAACCCAUACUUCUCUGAUGCCUACCUUCCUUCAAACAAGUCCCAGCGAACUCGUUCCGAACCCGCUUUUGAUUUGCAACAACCCGCUUCUAUAUAUCCAAGAUCUAGACGUCCAGUGACACCAGACAGUUUAGAGACCCAGUUUUCGCGAUCCAGCAGCGGGGUUACGCAACCUCUAGAAACACCACCGUCAGCAGAUCAAUCAUACGAUAAUGCAAGUGAGGGCAAGCGCUCUCUCACACACAGACGCAUGUCUGUGUCGUCAUCAACAAACCUUGACGUAUUUCACUCCGGCUCGCCACCAAAUUCUCAUCAUAUCCCAGAACCAGAUCCAAAGAUUAUUCUUCGCCCGUCUCUCAACAACACAAUACAUAAACUCUCCACUCUCAGUCAUUCGAAUCACACACUCUCCCCUUAUACUCGUUCUUUAGAGCAUUUCACCGUUCGGAGUGUUCCUCCUCGCGUUCAAGGCGCCUCAGGUCUUUCAGUCGCCUACGAAAGGCCCACGAUAAAGGCAAGGAGAAAACGGACGUAUCGGAUCGGAGGACGCUCUGCAAAUAAGUUGCCAGAUGUCCCUCCACCGUUCAUUCCAUCGUCACCUUCACCUCCUUCAGAAUUUGACCAGUCUGACGUCGAUCGCUACUUUCGCUCCCAAGACGACUUCUCUGCGGAACCCCAUUCUCACGUUCGUAAGCGAAAGCAGUAUUAG